GGCACCGACAUUAGCAUCAUCGUCAGCAUCCGCACAGACCCGGUUGCGCCGGUGCGCCUGUCCGUACGUACGUCUGUCUGUCCGUCUGUCCAUCCGUUCUAGCGUGGCUAGAGCGAUGUCGCGCGCGCUUCAAGCUCUAGCCUCGAGUUCGGCUAGCUGGCUAGGAGCUUCUAUUUUUAUCAUGGGGUAGCGAAUUGUUCCCCACACCACACGAGGCGGCUGCGGCUGCGACUGCACGAGGCGGCAGCUCCGUCGGCGUCGACUCGAGCCGUUCGCCAAUGCGACCGGGUUCGGACCAUUUAUAAAUAGUUGGAGUUCUCGCACCGCCACGGAAAACCAUUGCGAGGAUUCGCGGAACGCGGGUCGCCGGUGAGAGAGGGCCCCGAGAUGCUCCGCGACUAUCGCCGGCCGGCCUCUGGCCUCCGGGGGCUACGCCGAUACUCGACGCCGCGAGAGAAGAAUGACGAUUUCAAGAACGAGCGCUUCUAAACCCCAUGGUAGCAUGGAUCUCGUGAGUCUAACCGUCCGCUCCCACGAACUAGGAGAUGUGAAUCCACCGAGGGAGGACUACUUGCAGGUCGAGCGUGAUGAUGUCACGGAGAGAAACGAUAUCAUCAGAGAGCGAAGAUGCAGGCUGAAGGAAAAGUCGCACGACGAGCUCCGGACGAUCAAUUUAGCUGAGGUUGCCUGGCACGACACGCCCGGUGACUGCUGGCUCGUGAUCUAUGAUUACGUGUACGACUGCACGGAGUUUCUGAAGAGUCACCCGGGCGGCCAGGACGUCCUCCUGGAAUACGCCGGACGAGACGCGACUUUGGCGUUUAUUGGCACCGGACACUCCGCCGUCGCCAGGACAACCUUGGAGAGGUACAAAAUUGGCGAGCUUCCGCUGAACGAGAGGAUCUACAGUAUUCCCAACGGCCUGAAGGUCUCGGGAUUCUAAUCUGCUCGGAUCGUAGAGAGUCGCCGUCAUCAUCAUGCACGAUAAAUAUCGAAAUUUUACACCAAAAGUGGGAACCGGUGUAAAUAAACCCACUAAACUUAUGCAGAAGGUUCGACGUAAGUUAGUCACAGCUGAAAUAUUACCGUCGCUGUUGAUGGCAUAGGAACACAUAUAAGAAAGAAAUUAUUUACUUCAGAAAGGUAAGAAAUAUUAUGAUCAGCAAGAGCUUUUUUCCAAGUCAUCUUUUUAUUUGAUUUUAUUUAAAUAGAUAAUAUUAUCACUAUGGAUUUCAUUAUUUUAGCGGUCAUAAUAUGGUUGACGUAAAAAUCAAUUAAAUAGCUUAUAACAAAAAUAUGCCGAUUCUUACAUAAUAAUUUUCUCGUCUUUCUAUAAAUAAUUUCUCUCUUACACAUUUUACCGUAUGUAUUAUCUGUAGCAAGAGAUAUUUUUGAAUGGUUAAAGAAAAUCUUAGAUUGCAUGGCACUUAUGUAAUAUUUUAACUACUACAUAUCUAGGAUUUUAUAUAUAGAAAAGGAAACGGCUGUCGAUGUGAUUUGUUCAUUUGUAACAAUAAUCAUAACGAUAGUGAUUUUUUAAUCAGUAUUUAAGCUCGUUAUAUUACUGCAAUAAUGCAAAGUGUAAACUGCAUUAAACAUUAACUUAACAAUGUUAAAUGUUAAUAUAAUUAGGUUUACUUUUAUUUUUUGUUCAUUUUAUCUACAAUAUUUUGCGAUAAGAUUUCCUUUUUCUUUUUAUUUCGCGUACGCGUGUCGGAACACUCUUAAAAAUGAGAAAAUUGUAUUGCUAAUAUCGAGUAAUUUGUCAUUGCCCGAUCACGGCGGCAAAGCAUUUUAUGCAAUUUUAUCACAUUGUUGGUGAACUUCGAAAUGUAUCAGCCAAGAGGUCAAGCGCGAUAAGAAAUAUUCUCGGUCAAACGGGUCACGCCUCAAAGGCAAUUAAUUACAUUUCUCCAAUUCAUCUUGGAGAGUAAUUAUUUACAAUAAGAUUUUUGCAACCUCAAAUUAUUAUAUCGGGCGCGGAUUAACACACGUGAUAAUUUUAAUUUCAUGACAUUUAAUAUUACCGAUUUUAUAUUAGGCAAGAUAUAAUUUUCGGUAUCUGGACGAAUGUUAUUUUUGUCUUGGAAAAAAUUGCUUCAUUAAAUAUCACCGGAGAGGGUAAACAUGCCGAAUUCUUUCAUCAUUAAUAUUUCAAAGUAGCUGCGAUAAGAUAAAGGAGAGAGCCGGUGAAACAAUAAUCAGUGCUCAGGGAGUACUUUACAUCGGAUACAUUUUAUAUUUCUUGAUUCUCUAACAUUUAUAAUAUACACAACAUACAGUAUGAGGUAAUAGCGAUGUAGCUCAGUUCGUUAUACGUCGAUAGACCGAUAUAAUGAACUCUCCGUUUCCGUUAAUCGGAAGGCAAGACUGUCCAUUUAUUAAAUUAGCAAUAUACUCCAGUUUAUAUGCGUUAAUCCUAUAUUUAUCUAAAAUUAAAUUACACACAUAAUAAUACACUUUACGAUAUUUACAUUUAACCACAAAAUGUACAUAU